AUGGCUACAGAACCAACGUCACUUGUGAACUCUACAUGCUUAGAUCUUCUACUUAAUGAAAUUGUGCCGUUAGCUAUAAGAACAACAGAGGAACAAUCGAAACCAAUUAAUCAAGCAUUAGAUGACAAAACUUCCCAAUUGUCAUUGGAACAACCACUAGCUGGAGGUGUGGAGAUAUUUGACAGUGAAUUUUUGAAUAGUGAAGAUGUCAAUUAUAAAAUAGAACAAUAUGGAUUCAGUAUAGGCUUAAGAAUGGCUGAGAUUCUAAUCUAUAAUAAUUCAAAUAAUGAAAUCCUUAAAAACUUGGAACUACUGAAUAUAAUGAAAUUUGUUUGUCGAGAUGUUUGGAAAUUGGUCUAUGGUAAGCAAAUGGACAACUUAAGAACAAAUCAUAGAGGAACGUUUGUCUUGAUUGAUAAUAGUUUCAAGAAUUUCAAUAGACUUGAUAGUCCAAUAGAUUUCAAUGACACUAUAAAUAAAUCAAAACCAUAUUUAUGGAUACCUGCAGGUAUAAUAAGAGGUGUUUUGAAAAGUUUCAGUGUGGAAAGUUUAGUUACUCCAGAGAUAACAAAAUUUCCAAGUGUAUCAUUCAACAUACAGACAAAUAUGAGUUGA